AUGGUGUCUACCAAGAGGUGGACGUUUUGGCCUAAAUCAUCAAGGAAAAUGUUGGUGCGUAGCCUCUUAAUAAUCUCUAUCGCUCUUGGAGUGAAGUGUGACCAAUCUGGGAAGUCUAAUGAUGAGAUGAAAGAAAACACUCAGAAUUCUUUGGACAAGGACACUGAAGAUAUUCUCCUGUCAAGCUCUAGAAAUCCUACUGGAAGGACAAACAUGGGAUACAACAGUUGCAAAGAAAUCAAGGAUGCAUAUAAUUAUGCUAAAGAUGGAUUAUACACUCUGACCACAAAAGAUGGGCUAAUAUAUCAGACCUACUGUGACAUGACAACCAAUGGUGGAGGUUGGACACUGGUGGCCAGUAUCCAUGAAAAUAACAUGAAUGGUAAAUGUACAGUGGGAGAUCGCUGGUCCAGCCAGGGAGGAAACAAUGCCAACAACCCAAGAGGAGAUGACAACUGGGCCAACUAUGCCACAUUUGGUCUUCCCGAUGGAGCUACCAGUGAUGACUACAAGAAUCCGGGAUAUUAUGAUAUUGUUGCUAAAGACUUGGGGAUAUGGCACGUUCCCAACAAGACACCUUUGUUUAGGUGGAGAUAUAGUGCUAUUCUAAGAUACCGGACACAAAAUGGUUUCUUUUCUAGAGAAGGUGGUAACCUCUUCCAGCUGUACAAAAUAUAUCCAGUUGUGUACAACGCUGGGGCCUGCCUCACAAAUAAUGGACCGGCUGUUCCUGUUGUGUAUGAUUUCGGUAGUGCCGAGAAGACAAAACUGUAUUAUUCACCACUUGGGCGAAAGGAGUUCACUGCUGGUUAUGUCCAGUUCCGGGUUAUUAAUAAUGAAAGAGCUGCCCUGGCUCUGUGUGCAGGAGUGAAGGUGACAGGAUGCAAUGCAGAACACCACUGUAUCGGAGGAGGUUACUUCCCAGAAGCAAACCCCAGACAGUGUGGAGACUUUACAUCUUUUGACUGGAAUGGGUAUGGAAAACACACAGAAUCCAGUGUCAGCAAGGAAAUAACUGAAGCAGCCGUCCUCCUCUUCUAUCGUUAG